AUGGCAAUGGAGUUUAUUUGGAGCCUAUCGAAUGCGUGUGACGGAGGCAGGCAGUGCUAUUCGUGGUUGAUGAGCAAAAUUGACAGUAAAUUUGAAGGAGAGGGCGCUGCAAGCUUAGCAGAUCGGAUGAUUAGUUCGUGGCCUUUUGAGCUCUUACCUGGCUUUGGGACUGGCUUUGACUUGGCGUGGAGCAAUGUAUACUGUGUGAGAAGCGACUGCUGGUACAACGACAACUUCAUUCAUGCUUUUACGAUCACGCUGGCCGGCACGUUCAAAAACAACACGACGAUAUUCCUGCCACCGCUUUCAACGCCAGCUGAAAGUAAGGGUGACCGAGUAUCCACUGCAGUUGUGAAUUUGUUCGCUAAUACUACGGAGUACUUGGUGUUCAUGCCCAUGAACAUCAAUAAGAACCACUGGACGUGCAUCGUUGUCGACCGCCGUUGUAAGAGGGCGAAUCACAAGCUGCUUGCUGAAGUUGCUGCGGAACUCGUGACAAAGAGCCUCCCCCAUCGGUUCAAGAUUACUGCUGUACACAGCCCCCUUCAGAAGGACAACGACAACUGUGGCUUGUUCGUUUGUCUGUACUUUUGGCGUCGCGUUUUCAAGGAGGCAGGAAAUGACUACACUGAAUUGGGUCUUUCGAGGCACCGAUGGGAUAUUUUGCGCACGGUGGUUAACUUCAGCGACAAGAAGAAGAGCAAGGAAGCGUAA